AUGGGGAAUCUGUUAAAUGUGCUCACUUGCACAGAGCUUGAACAGGGGCCAAACUUUUUCCUUGACUUUGAAAAUGCACAGCCGACAGAAGGAGAGCGAGACGUGUGGAACCAGGUGAACUCGGUCCUCCAGGACUCAGAGAACAUCCUGACGGGCCUGCAGUCGUAUAAAGGAGCCGGCCAGGAGAUCAGAGAUGCAAUUCAAAACCCUAACGACUUCAUGCUGCAGGAGCGAGCGUGGAACUCUGUCUGCCCCCUGGUCAUCAAACUCAAGAAGUUCUACAGUUUCUCUCUUAGAUUAGAGGAGGCUCUACAGAGUCUUUUGGAGUCGCUGACGAGUUCGCCCUUCACGCCCACUCAGCACCUGGAGAGGGAGCAGGCCUUGGCCAAACAGUUUGCAGAGAUCCUCCAUUUCACUCUGCGCUUCGAUGAGCUCAAGAUGAGAAUUCCUGCCAUCCAGAACGACUUCAGCUACUACAGAAGAACAAUCAGUCGAAACAGAAUAAACAACAUGAAUUUGGACAUUGAGAAUGAAGUGAACAACGAGAUGGCCAACAGGAUGUCUCUGUUUUACGCUGAGGCCACACCCAUGCUGAAAACACUCAGCAACGCAACCACAAACUUUGUGACAGAGAACAAGACGCUUCCACUGGAAAAUACGACAGACUGUCUCAGCACCAUGGCCAGUGUCUGUAAAGUCAUGCUGGAGACACCAGAAUAUUCGAGUCGCUUCAGCAGCGAGGACACGCUCUUGUUUUGCAUGAGGGUCAUGGUCGGGGUCAUCAUUCUUUACGACCAUGUCCACCCCAACGGUGCCUUCAACAAGUCCUCCAAGAUAGACAUGAAAGGCUGCAUAAAGGUCCUGAAGGACCAGCCAGCAGACAACGUAGAAGGCCUCCUCAAUGCCCUCAAAUUCACCACAAAACACCUGAAUGACGAGUCCACGCCGAAGAACAUCCGGACGAUGCUCCAGUAAUAUUUGCUCUUUUUAAAAAAUAUAGAUAGAUAUGAAGAGGAUCGAUGCUCUGACCUCAAAUAAGAUGUAUAUGUUUACAUUAUUUAAAAAGACUCGAUGUUAAUACUUGUGUGUAUUUGCAUAGUCAUUCCCUCCAAGUUAUUGAAACCUGCAGAACACGUACCUUGUACUUUGCAAAAAAAAAAAAAAAUGAAAGCAUCACAUGAAUUGCCUCUACUGUUAACAGCUGUCAAAGCACAGAUGAUGGAUACCUAUCAGCCUUAUACUAGAACUGAGCUUUGCAAAGCAGCACUUGGAAAUAAAUCAACAAGGCAGCAUGGAAAUCUCCUUACUUAAAUCUUUUCAAUCAUUUAUGUGACAAUGGAAAAAGUGUAGCGCACAGAUUUUAGUCAAAAUUGUGUCUCAAACAGGUUCUCGUUUAUAUCACAAUGACUCAUUUCUAGAAACCACAAGUGAAGUUGAUUCUAUGUUUUCGCUUGAUUUACAAAGAAUGAAAGUCAAUGACAGGAUAUGAUACUAAUCAAUGUUAAGUGGACGUUUCUGUUGCAUUGAGGGGCUAAAUGUUGGAGCAGAUAAGGGAUUGAUCGGUUUGAUGAAAUGGUAAAAGCAUUUGGGUGUUUUCUCUUUUUAUACCCAGCUGUUGUAUAAAAUAAAUAGAUCCACUUUACACAGUCAAAGAUCCUGUUUGUCAACGUUUGCUUCUUCUGAUUGAAAACGCUGUGAUGAUAAAUCACAAAAUCCAAUCAACCAAACAAAUAUUUUAUUUAAUUGUUCUGUGACAGUGCUCUGAAUGAUAGUUGUGUGUUUAUGCCUUGUUCUAAAUUACUUUUCUGGCUUUUUUUACUGAAGAGAAAAUAAAUCCCCUGAAGAAAGGCCCAAAAAUGAUUAAAUCCUAAAUCAAUGUGUUCUCAUGUGAACCUGUUUUUAAAAACUCUUUGUAAUUCAGCUCUGGAAAGACAUAAUUGACCAGGUUUUUAUUUUUAUAUGACUUUUGAUAUUGUGACAUGUCCAAAGCGACAUCUAAGUGUACAUCGCCCUUGUACAAAACUCUAAUAAUUGUCUCAGAUAAAUCAAACCACAAAUUUCAUAACCUAAAAGCUGAUAGUUUGAAAUAAUCUACACAAAAUUUGCCUUCAAUUGGAUUUUUGAAUUAGGAGGACUGACUCUCAAGUCUUGAGCCUUCAGGCAGCUGUGUGUCAUUGUCACUCAUCAUAAGAAACUCUUACUGUAUUUCUGAUAGCCCAGCUCAUUUUACUAACAGGACACCACACACAUUCCUGAUUGUCCCUCGGUUCAUCCACUUGUAGCUGCUCCUAACCUGAUAAAACUAACCUCGUUCACAUGGUCGGACAAUCUCGUCACCUGUGAUGGUUUUACGUUGUACUCUAUUAAUGCUAUGGUUCACGUUCUCUAAUGUUGAUGAAGGUUAGAACACGUUUGUAUUUGAGGAUACAUAUAAUAAGUAUCUCCCAUCAGUUUUGUUUUUCGUUAAAUUCUUGUCAAAUCAACUUUUCCAGAGAAACAACUGGACAGACUUCUUCAACUUUCACUUUCCCCACAUUAUCAUCACCUGUGAAGCUAACAACUCUUAGCAUUAAACCUGUGACACCUGUAUUCAUUUAAUUUCAUAAGCCACAUAUACCCUCCACUGUACCUCACACACUCCCUCCUGAUUAAUGCAUCAUUAUUAAAUUAACAUGUCAGGUAUCUAACAUUCAAAUAAGUCUUGUUUAUUUUUCAUCCUCUUGUAUUUAGUAAUAUAUAUGUCUGUGUGUGUCUGUGUUUGUGUGUGAGCGUGAUUGAGCGAGCCAUACGUUUGAUGCAAUGUUUUAUAUGCAACAAGUGAAAACUACAUGAAUGAGACUUAACGUGAGGUGUACGUAUGAUACUGAUAUUUCAUGUGUGACUGGAGUGUUGUUUUUUUAAAUACAGUCUUCUGUCAUGAUUGAUGUACACAAAGCUUCCCUCUUUGCUGAUGAUAUGCUACUGUGUGUUGAGUGCAAAAUGUUUUUAAUACUGAGACAAAAUCUUUUUCUCUUUUUUGUCUUAAACUGACAGUUAUUGUUUAAUAUUUUUGGAGCUUGGACUCUCUGUUUAUAUAAAUGGCUUUGGCUUUGUAUUGCGUUCUGAAUGGGGAAAUAUGGAUUGGAUAAUAAAGGUGGUACAUUUCUUACACA